AUGAAUUCCAAAUAUAUUAUAAAGUAAUACGAGCAGUUGGUAUGAAGAAAGCAACAUCCUAAAUAAUAUCAUAUGUGAUUAAGAAAUCAUUAACAAGUUUCAUUUCUUUUUUUACACAACGAUGUUUAUGUUUUGGGCAAAAAUAAACGUAAUCGUUUAUAUGUAUAAAUCCAGAUUGAUAACAUAAGGAUAAAUUUAAUGAAAGUGUAUUAUUGUUGUCACAAAGUAAAAACAUACAAGAGGUUAGAAAAUGUAAUAAUAGUUUUUUAAUAAAUUCGUAUUAUAUCUAUUGUAUAAUAUCAGUGAUAAGACAUUGAUAUCAACAAUAUAUACAUGACAGGAAACUGGACCAUAGAUGAAGAACAGUCUGUGGAUAAUCAAAGCUUGCUUUCUUCUGAAAUUAUAAAAACCGCAAAUAUUAGAAAAAGAUCUGAUGUACCCACUUAUUACUUAUACAAAACACAUUGGCGUAAUGAUGCUGAAAUACAGCGACAUUAUUGGACAGCAUCUUUUUUAUUGCCACUUGGUUCAAUUUUUGUACUUGCUCUAGUAGUUAUAUUAAUGGUACUAUUUAAAAGAUGUCCACAUAUUGUUGCUGCAAUUGUUGCUGGGAUUCUUGGAAUUAUUCUUAUAUUUGUGACAUUAGUAUCACUUAAUCAUACACCAACGUAUUCUUGAUAAAUUUUUAUCGCUUCAUAUAAAAAAAAAUAUAUUAUCAAAUACAUUUUUUUGGUAGAGAUAAAGACUGAGUAAUGAAAUUUCAGAUAAUAACAAUUGGAUCUGUUCUUUUUGAAAUGUAAUCAAAUAUUUGAAUCUAGAUAUUAUAUAAAAUUGUGAUUGUAAAUCUUGUAUGCAAAAAAAUUAAUUACUUACUGUUAAC